AUGCCUUUUACUGUCCUGCGUUGCCCACCUCCCUUGAACCACCGGCUUCUCCCUUGCCGUUUAUCCUUCCUCGUUUUCUCCUCCCCUCCUCCCCCCUCCUUGCAGCUCAUGCCGCCCGCCCUCCCCCCGCCCCACACCUCGCUCGCCUCGCUGCUGCCACCGCUGCCCUCGCCCUCGUGUGCCCCACCCACCCCGAGAACACGCGUUACUGCUUCAGCAGGGAACAAGCCCAGAGGGCCUGGCGCUGCAAGGGGUCAUAGCAGACAAUGUGUGCAAACGUACCCAUUCUUUGUUUCUCCUUCCUCCCCUUCUUUCUCUCCUGAAUUCCCUCCUCUGCAUGCCACACCGCUUGUGUUCCUCACGCUUCCACCCUUACGCGCCUCCACUCCCAAUGCUCCCCCAUCCCGCCACCCCCACAUACCAGACGACGACCUUCUUCGGAAGCAGGCACAGCCCUUCCUUGCAGUCAUCCCCACCAGCAGCACUACUCUCAACAGCUCCGCACCGUUUGCAGCCACUGCUACUGGCACUGCUGCAGCUUCUCCUGCCGUCGGUGCUUCCCUUGCACCUGCCAUUCAGCCUGGCACUGCCAUCACCAUCCGUCCCCCCUGGUACCACCUCCCCUUGGUACUGCCUCCCCCAUGGGGCCCCACCCACGCUGUCUUUGCCACUCACGCUGCUGCUCACACUGCUCAAGCUGCUCCCGUGAGCGGCACGCAAGGCGCUGAGGUGGCACCCGGUGGGCUGGCAGCAGGCGGCGGAGCAACACCUCACAAGGGACUACCCGUGGACAUGGGAGUGGAGGUGGCAGCAGCAUGGGGAAACAUGGGCUCGGAUGGAGGAGACGACCCGUCCUCCCCGCGCGCUGACGGCGGCGCGGCGGGCAAGCGUGCACAGGCGCACAGGGCGGCGCACUACCCGCACCGAGGGAAGGCUGCCCCGGCAAACCUGGCGUGGAAUGCGGCGGUCCUUGCGCUUGUGCUAGCUGCGGGAUGCGCGGCGGCGGUGAUCGUCGUGCUAACGUGGGGCGACGCGCUCUUCGGCUCCUCCGAGAAGCAGCGCCACCUCACGCCGCUCAACGCCCCGCGCGUGGCGGAUCUUCCCAUGUUCAAGGGCGGGUAUGCGGAGGAGAUGCUGUGGGGAACUUACCGCCCGCAACUCUACCUCGGCAUUCGCCCACGCCUGCCCCAGUCGGUGGUGGCGGGGGUGAUGUGGUGGGCGCCGAGGCAGGACGACUUUGUGGUCCGCCACACGUGUGAGCUGCACGACCCCGUCCUGCACUCCUACUCCUGGCUGCGCCAUGAUGGCCGCCGCUACGCCCGCCAGGAGGUGAAGGACGGCCCAUUCGACCUCAGCAUGGCGUUCCUCAAGUCCUUCAACGGCAGCACGGGGUACGGGGGUGACUGGGCCGUGCGCGUGGCCGUGGACCUCAACCGUGAGAGGGUGGGCGGCGCAGUCAACGCCCAGUCAAUGCCCUUCACCUUCUUCUUCUACGUGGCGGACGAGGCGGGCGCCCCGCUGCUGGCGCUGCCCUCGCCCGCCGAGGUGGCCCGCCUCGUGCUGCACCCCGCCGCUGCCACUGGGGUGGGCGGGGGAGAGGGUGCGAGUGGCAGUGCGGGGCGAGGGGGGGCGGAGGGUGACGAGGAGUGGGUGCGAGGGGGAUUUGAGGACGAGGAGGAGGAUGAGGAGGAGGAGGAGGAGGAGGCGAUGGGGGUGGGGAGAAGGUUGAGGAGUGUGGAGGGCAGUGGUUUAAGAAGGGGUGGAGCGGGACGAGGGGUUGAGAGAGGGGGAAAGAAAGGGAGGAGGCUGAUGGGCGAGGGGGGUGGGGCGGAGGAGGCGGAGGGGCGAGGGGGGCAGCGGGCAGUGGUGGUGGCGGGGGGGGUGUCGGAUGUGUUUGGGCGGUGGGAGCUGAAUGCCGUCACACAGGUAUGCCACCUGUGCACGCUGGCAGGUAUGCCACCUGUGCGCGCCGGACAGUGUGUGUGUUGCACUCACGCUCGCCGCUGCUGCUUCUCAACCCAAACCUCUUCCCUCGCCCCCCAUGCCCCCUCCUCUCCCAUCCGCAAGCAGCAGGCGGAGGGGCCGGGGGCGACAUUUGAGGCGGUGCACACGCGGCACAUGCACAACCUGUCGGACACUGUCAAGGCCGCCCUCAUCCGCCACGUACGUGCUCUCAUGCCCGCCCUGCUGCCAUCAUCUGCAUGUGCCCACAUGCACCUGAGCAUCCCGAGCUGUCAUUCCUCCGUGGCCUCCCUCUACAACAGAGCCUCCCUCUACAACAGAGCCUCCCUCUACAACAGAGCCUCCCUCUACAACAGAGUCUCCCUCUACAACAGAGCCUCCUGCUCUACCUCCUCACACCCCCCCGUCCACCCUUGCAUACUUCCCCACACCUUCCCCCUCCGGCAGUACCAAACCACGCAGCAGCCGACACUGGGCAACAAGGCACAGCCGGGCGCCAACGUGGCCAUCAUCCAGCUGACGGUGUGGCUGCCAGCGGUGGUGGACUUUGUCUUCCUCUCCGGCCUCCCCGCUGCCUCUGCUGCGCAAUCAUCGUCACAACAAGCCACCAGGCGCCUCAACCUUCUCUCAGGCCCUGCGUUGGCGCUGCGCAUGGGAGAGGCAGACGCGGCAGUGGAGCGCCGCAUGGAAGCUUCCUUCCCUGUCGUCCCUGAGCUGGCAGAGAAGAUCCCAGGAGUGGGCAACGCGGUGAAGGCAGCGCUGAGCAACCUCAUCGGCGGCAUCGGGUACUUCCACGGCCGCUCCCGCAUCGCCAUUCCGCCCCAUCUUAAGGACCCCAGUGACCCAGCGGCCUACUGGCAGUAUUGGGCAGCGGCACUGUUCACCGCCACGCCCAGCCGGCCCAUGUUCCCUCGGGGCUUCCUCUGGGACGAGGGCUUUCAUCAGCUCGUGCUCAGGCGGUGGGACGAGCGCAUGGCGAUGGACGCGGUGGGGCACUGGCUGGACCUGCUCAAUGUGGACGGCUGGAUCCCCCGAGAACAGAUCCUGGGGGAUGAGGCGCGCAGCAAGGUACCGGAGGAGUUCAUAGAGCAGCAUGUGACCAAUGGCAACCCGCCCACGCUCUUCCUGCCUCUCACUGCUCGCAGUGCUGCCACGUGUCAUCGGCUGCCAAACGGGUCGUUUGUGCCGAAGGAGAGGGGGGGAGAGGGAGCGGGGGCAGGAGGCGGGGAGGCGGAGGGGUGUGAACGGGUGUCGUUCCUGCAUGCAUGCUUGCCGCGCCUCAAGGCGUGGUUCCGCUGGUUCAACUCCUCCCAGGCCGGGAAGCUGCCUGGAAGCUACUACUGGCGGGGGCGGGAUGCCAGCACUGUGCGCGAGCUCAACCCCAAGGCCAGUCCCACCCCGCCCUCCUUCCUGCCCUCCUUGCUGCUCUCCUUGCUGGUUAUUUUUGUUGUCAUCUCUUGUUUCCUUUCCUUAAUGCUGCACCACUCGUCAGGCUCCCUUACUGUCCCCCCGCCCUGCCGUACGUCCCUGCCGGCAUGUCGCCCCACUCCAACCCAUCCAUUCACCCCAGCCACUUCCAUCGCCUUGCCCUUUGUCCCCCUCCCUCCCCGCCCUUGUCCCCCCGGUCCUCCCCCUCCCUCCCCGCCCUUGUCCCCCCGGUCCUCCCCCUCCCUCCCCGCCCUUGUCCCCCCGGUCCUCCCCCUCCCUCCCCGCCCUUGUCCCCCCGGUCCUCCCCCUCCCCCCCUCUGGCACCAGACCUUGCAGUCGGGGCUGGACGACUACCCACGUGCGUCGCACCCGUCGGAGGACGAGCGCCAUGUGGACCUGCGCUGCUGGCUCGCCACCGCUGCUGCUGCCAUCGCCAAGAUAGGCAGCGUGGUGGGGGAGGACGUGCAGGUGAGACGAGAGGCCGUGCAGGAGUACGAGGUGACAGCCCAGCAGCUCACGGACUUCACGCGCCUCAAUGAGGUACCCCUCUCCUCGCGCUCAUGCCUCUUGCACCCACGCCCCUUGGGAUGGGGGCUGGAGGGAAGCCACGCCAGCUGGUGUAAUCAGAAGCUGGCUGCCCAACACCCUCCCCACUCUGCACCCCACUAUCUCUCCCCCACCCACACUCUUCUCGUUCCCUUCCGCCCCUCGCCCAUCCACCCUCCUUCUCUUCGUCUCCCUCACUUCUCCGUCCCAUGUUUGUGUCCCCCCCCUCCUGAUGGGCAAUCGCCCUUCCCACGGCACCAGCUGCACUGGGACGGCAGGAGGCAGCGCUACGCCGACUACGGCAACCACACCGACAAGAGGGGCGGUGCAUGGGCGCAGAGGGGCGGUGCAUGGGCGCAGAGGGGCGGUGCAUGGGCGCAGAGGGGCGGUGCAUGGGCGCAGAGGGGCGGUGCAUGGGCGCAGAGGGGCGGUGCAUGGGCGCAGAGGGGCGGUGCAUGGGCGCAGAGGGGCGGUGCAUGGGCGCAGAGGGGUGGUGAAUGGGCGCAGAGGGGCGGUGCAUGGGCGCAGAGGGGCGGUGCAAGGGCGCAGAGGGGCGGUGCAAGGGCGCAGAGGGGCGGUGUAUGGGCGCAGAGGGGUGGUGUAUGGGCGCAGAGGGGCGGUGCAUGGGCGCAGAGGGGCGGUGCAUGGGCGCAGAGGGGCGGUGCAUGGGCGCAGAGGGGCGGUGCAUGGGCGCAGAGGGGCGGUGCAUGGGCGCAGAGGGGCGGUGUAUGGGCGCAGAGGGGUGGUGUAUGGGCGCAGAGGGGCGGUGCAUGGGCGCAGAGGGGCGGUGCAUGGGCGCAGAGGGGCGGUGCAUGGGCGCAGAGGGGCGGUGCAUGGGCGCAGAGGGGCGGUGCAUGGGCGCAGAGGGGCGGUGCAUGGGCGCAGAGGGGCGGUGCAUGGGCGCAGAGGGGCGGUGCAUGGGCGCAGAGGGGCGGUGCAUGGGCGCAGAGGGGCGGUGCAUGGGCGCAGAGGGGUGGUGAAUGGGCGCAGAGGGGCGGUGCAUGGGCGCAGAGGGGCGGUGCAAGGGCGCAGAGGGGCGGUGCAAGGGCGCAGAGGGGCGGUGUAUGGGCGCAGAGGGGUGGUGUAUGGGCGCAGAGGGGCGGUGCAUGGGCGCAGAGGGGCGGUGCAUGGGCGCAGAGGGGCGGUGCAUGGGCGCAGAGGGGCGGUGCAUGGGCGCAGAGGGGCGGUGCAUGGGCGCAGAGGGGCGGUGUAUGGGCGCAGAGGGGUGGUGUAUGGGCGCAGAGGGGCGGUGCAUGGGCGCAGAGGGGCGGUGCAUGGGCGCAGAGGGGCGGUGCAUGGGCGCAGAGGGGCGGUGCAUGGGCGCAGAGGGGCGGUGCAUGGGCGCAGAGGGGCGGUGCAUGGGCGCAGAGGGGCGGUGCAUGGGCGCAGAGGGGUGGUGUAUGGGCGCAGAGGGGUGGUGCAUGGGCGCAGAGGGGUGGUGCAUGGGCGCAGAGGGGUGGUGCAUGGGCGCAGAGGGGCGGUGCAUGGGCGCAGAGGGGCGGUGCAUGGGCGCAGAGGGGCGGUGCAUGGGCGCAGAGGGGCGGUGCAUGGGCGCAGAGGGGUGGUGCAUGGGCGCAGAGGGGCGGUGCAUGGGCGCAGAGGGGUGGUGCAUGGGCGCAGAGGGGCGGUGCAUGGGCGCAGAGGGGUGGUGCAUGGGCGCAGAGGGGCGGUGCAUGGGCGCAGAGGGGCGGUGCAUGGGCGCAGAGGGGCGGUGCAUGGGCGCAGAGGGGCGGUGCAUGGGCGCAGAGGGGUGGUGCAUGGGCGCAGAGGGGUGGUGCAUGGGCGCAGAGGGGCGGUGCAUGGGCGCAGAGGGGCGGUGCAUGGGCGCAGAGGGGCGGUGCAUGGGCGCAGAGGGGUGGUGUAUGGGCGCAGAUGGGUGGUGUAUGGGCGCAGAGGGGCGGUGCAUGGGCGCAGAGGGGUGGUGUAUGGGCGCAGAGGGGUGGUGUAUGGGCGCAGAGGGGUGGUGCAUGGGCGCAGAGGGGUGGUGCACGGGCGCAGAGGGGUGCGGUUGGAGGCGGUGGAGGCGGUGGACCCCGUCACGUACAGCGUGCGACGGGAGCAGCGCCGCGUGGUCAAGGGCUCUCCCACACUGCGAUUCGUGCCACACUUUGGAUACGUCUCACUCUUCCCACUGCUGCUGCGCUUGAUUCCGCCUGUAAGCUGUUUGUUCCGUUCCGCUCCUUUUCAUUCCGUCCACCCUGCCACUCCAACCUAUUUCCCCUCCACGCCCAUUGCCCUUUUCUCGCCCGUCCUCUCGUGCUGUGUUAUCUCGGUGCCCCAUCUCUGCCUGUCCGCUCCCGUCCCCCAUGGCAUGGGCAGCACGCGAGUGAGUUGGGGCAGCAGCUGGAGGCGCUGCGCGAGGAGAAGCUGCUCUGGACGCCCUUCGGCCUGCGAUCCCUCGCCACCACCAGCAACCAUGCUCAGCUCCUUGUCUCCGCGCAACCUUCCACUGCUGCUGUGCACGUGCGCCCCUCCCCCAGCGCGCUGUACAUGCGGCGCAACACGGAGCACGACCCGCCGUACUGGCGGGGGCCCGUGUGGAUCAACAUCAACUACCUUGCACUCUCCGCCCUGCGCUUCUACUCCACCCGUACGCCCUCACCCCCCGGGGUGGGCCACCACCUCCCUUGA